AUGUCCUACGAUCGCUACGUUGCCAUCUGCCACCCCCUGCACUAUGAGCACAUCAUGGACCGAGCAGUCUGCACGCAGAUGAUAGCCACCUCCUGGUUCAACGGGGAUACAUUUGGGGUGAUGUACAUGGUGGGAACAUUCUCCAUGCCCUUCUGUGGGUUCCCCAUGGUCCAGCAGUUCUUCUGUGAUGCCCCCUCCUUGCUGAAGGCCUCCCGUUUUAAGAGGCAAGUUGUACUGGAUAUACCUUUUUGUAAAUUAUGCCCCUUAUCUGAGCCUCUUUGGACAGUUCACAGAUUGUCCCAGAACAACAUCCACCACUGUGAUUGGAUUCCUCCUUGGGAGUUCUUGGAGGUCUGGGAACUGCAGCUGGUUCACGCUGCGCUGUUCCUCCUGGUCUACCUGGUGUCCCUGGUGGGGAAUCUCCUCAUCGUCACCGUUACCGCCCUCAACCAGCACCACCACACCCCCAUGUACUUCUUCCUUAGGAACCUCUCCUUUGUCGACCUCUGCCUCAUCUCCAUCACUGUCCCCAAGUCCAUCCACAACUCCCUGACCCACACGAGAGCCAUCUCUUUCCUGGACUGCAUAGCUCAGAUCUUCUUGGUGAUUUUGUUAGUUGGUGUGGAACUGUUCAUCCUCACGGUGAUGUCCUAUGAGUGCUAUGUGGUUAUCUGCCACCCCCUGUGCUAUGAUGUCACCAUGAAUCGAGAGACCUGUGUAAAACUGGCCACUGCCUCCUGGCUAGGUGGGGGUAUAUUUGGGAUGAUGUACACGGCGGGGUCAUUCUCCCUGCUCUUCUGUGGGUCCCCCAUAUUUCUGCAGUUCUUGUGUGACGCCUCCUCCUUGCUGAUGGUCUCGUGUUCCAAUACUCACGUGGUUUUUGCUUUCAGUUUGGUCUCGGGGUUUGUUUGUGCUUUAUUCUCCUUUGUCUCCACUGUCAUCUCCUACAUCUGCAUCUUCUGGGCAGUGCUGAGGAUGCCAGCCACGGAGGGCUGGGCUAAGGUCUUCUCCACCUCUGUGGAACUGGUGGUUUCCGUGUUCUACACUACAGUGCCCCCUGCCCUGAACCCCCUCAUCUACAGCCUGAGGAACAGGGAUGUGAAGGCUGCGCUGGAAAAGGUCCUGGAGUGGGAUAUCCAUUCCCUCUGA